AUGCAAUUCAUCUCCCAGCAUACCUCGAUACCCGUACCGAAAGUUUACUGUGCUUUCACACACAAGGGCAUUACGUAUAUUGUCAUGGAAAAGAUCAAAGGGGAGAUGCUUGGGGAAAAUUGGGUCAAAAGGAGCGAGGCGUCGAAGGUGAAGAUACUUGCGCAGCUUCGGGGGAUGGUGAAGGAAAUGCGCGCCAUCUCACCACCUCAAGGACAGGGCGUUUCAAAUGUCGAUGGCGGCGUGAUAUAUGAUGCUCGACUAAUGUCAGAUUCAAGUUUCCACGGGCCUUUCGAGAGUAUUCACAAUUUCCAUCGAUACCUCAGACAAGCCUUCGAAGCAAGUCCUGAUCAUUAUCCCGAUGUCAGCGAACUCAUAGCAUUACAAGAUAGGUCUUGGCCGCCAGCGGUUAUGACACAUGGUGAUUUGAGCAGCUUGAAUAUUCUUGUCCGCGACGAUACAAUUGUGGGAAUUAUUGAUUGGGAAACAGCUGGCUGGUACCCCACGUAUUGGGAGUAUACUACGGCGUCACAAGUUAACCCGUGGAAUUCUUUUUGGGCUGACGAAAUCGACAAAUUUUUGGUUCCAAUGCCCGAGGAACUAAAAAUGGAAAGAAUUCGCCAGAAAUAUUUUGGAGAUAUCUGGUAG